GAUUACAAAAAGUAAAACAAAAACAGUAGUCUUGGCGCUAACACCACCGUUCAUUUUUUUUUGUAGCUGUGCUGUUUCCCCAUCUCCACAGCACCAAAAAUGGCGGCAAUGAUGAUAUCCCUCCCCACAACAACGACGAACUCUUUUGUUCAAUUCUCAUUAUCAUCGCCAUCUUCCAACUUCGUUUACUUGAUAACUGAAAGCCGAACGAGUAGAAGGAUUGGAUAUAUUGAUCGAUUUCCAUUGAGGAGUACUCCAAAUCCCGUACUCUCGUCGAAAUUCUCUGAAGACGAUGAAUCUUCUCCUCCAUCUGUUGUUUCUUAUCCGUUGGAUUCGUCUUCGGAUGUUGUUAGAAGGUUCUAUGAUGGAAUAAACUCCCGCAACCUUUCGACGGUCGUGGAUCUCAUUGCAGACGACUGCGUUUACGAAGACCUUGUUUUUCCUAAACCUUUCGUUGGCCGCAAGGCUAUACUAGAAUUUUUUGAGAAGUUCAUUUAUACCAUUAACCAAGAUCUACAAUUUGCUAUUGAUGAUAUAUCUGGUGAAGAUACAUCAGCUGUUGGAGUGACUUGGCACUUAGAAUGGAAGGGAAAGCCUUUUCCAUUUAGCAAAGGAUGCAGCUUUUAUCGGUUAGAAGUUGUGGAUGGGCGGAAAAAAAUAAUUUACGGCAGAGACAUCGUGGAGCCUGCAGUAAAGCCUGGAGACCUUGCUUUGGUUGCCAUUAGAGGGGUGACAUGGCUGCUACAACAAUUCCCACAGUUAGCAGACCGCUUCUAAUUUUCUAUUGCUAUUAAUUAGCUUUGCAAGGAUGGAAAUAUUAGCUGUGGGUAUAUGGUUGAUUUCUAUCUCUCUGGUCCUACCCCACUUUAUAUAUAUAUAUAU